CGGGUCCGGGAGAAGUCAGGGGUGACUUUACGCACGGAUCUGAGAUGGAAUGCAUUGAAAGGACUCAGUCAGUGUGAAAAGUUGCAUCUUGUUUCCGACCUCAGACAUGGAGGCGCCAAUGCAAAGACAAUUAACCACAAUAAAGUCGCUCAUCAGUCUCGCCUGGGUCUGAGGUGCAGCGGAGGAUGACACCUGCACCCCGCCUGGCGAGGACCGACGCGUUGUUCCAGACUUGGCAUCUUUGAAGAGAAGGUCAAAGCUCCUGCGAGAGUGACUUCAGAGUCUCCAAUUCUGCAGACGGAUCAUCACCCUGCUCGCUGUCUCCGCCGCUUACCGGCUGCGGCUGCAGAAACAGUGCAUUUGUUGCGCUCCUGUGUAUCUUUGCACCAGCGAGGACUGCGGCAAAAAACAAACAAACAAACAAACAAUAGUAGUCUCGUACCCGAACAUCUCGUACAUACAGGUAAUGUCUCUGCCACAGUCAUUUAAACUGUGCAUACCUCUCAGCUCACCUUGACAUGUCUGCUCCUCUCACCUCUUCAUGCUGUUUCCCUGUUGAGAGUUCACGCCCUCUGGAUAUCAAGAAAUAAAACGGAAAAACAGCUUCCCCUCUCUGCAGCACCAGAACACAGUCUAAUCUCUGGAGCUCUGACUCACCAUGGGCACAGUACUAUCACUGUCACCCGGCUCUCGCAAAUCAGGCUACUAUGACAACCGGCCGGGCUCGCUCAGCCACUACCCGAGCCUGAGCAGCCGCUCUCUCAACAGCCAGAAAGACCGCGGGCUGAAGAGGGGCCAGUCCAUCUUCCUCCCGGCGCUCACGUGGAAGCGGCUGGUGGCCUCCACGAAGAAGAAGGGCAACUCCAAGAAAGGCUCCGGAGGUCCGGUGGCCCUCGGGGAUCCUCUCAACAACAACAACAACAUCAACAUCUACCAAAAGGACCCUGUGCUGCACCUCAACCGCGAGAAUGUGAAGAAGUCUCUGUCGUGUGCCAACCUGUCCAGCUACGAGGGCCCAGCAGGACUGGGUCUGGGGCUUGGCUAUGGGCUGGGGAUGGGUCAAGGGCACGGAUAUGGCUACAGCAAAUCCCAGCAGCUCUCCUCUGUGAAGAAAGUCCCACAGGGCACGGUGACGUCGUCUCCGAAGCGUGUCAUCGUCCAGGCCUCCACCAGCGAGCUCCUGCGCUGCCUGGGGGAGUUCUUGUGUUGUCGCUGCUACCGCCUGAAGCAUCUGUCUCCGGCCGACCCGGUGCUCUGGCUGCGGGCUGUGGACCGCUCGCUGCUGCUGCAGGGCUGGCAGGACCAGGCCUUCGUCACGCCGGCCAACGUGGUCUUCGUCUACAUGCUGUGCCGAGACGUAGUGGACGGCGACCUGGUGGCGUCGGAGCACGAGCUGCAGGCCAUCCUGCUCACCUGCCUCUACCUGUCCUACUCCUACAUGGGCAACGAGAUCUCGUACCCACUCAAGCCCUUCCUGGUGGAGGCGGGUAAGGAGGCCUUCUGGGACCGCUGCCUCGCCAUCAUUGACGCCACCAGCUCCAAGAUGCUGCGCAUUAACGCAGACCCGCACUUUUUCACACAAGUAUUCGCUGAACUGAAGAGUGAAGGCGGCUGCGGCCCUCAGGACUAUAGUCGGGUGCUGGAUCGGUGAGAGGAGGUCUCAGCGCCCGUCCUUGCUGACUGCAUGCCUUUUUGUACACUCAUGCACACAUCUACUUGCACACAGACACACAAAUUUGUCUCAUGCACAUCACCCUCCCCCUUUUUCUGCUCCUGCUGCUCUGCAGAAGCAACGAAGGCCUACAGACUGUUU